CCAUGUCAAAUCCGGUAUAGGGACUUGCAACUUACGAUGUCCAUAUUACUACGAGAUUCCAUGUUCCCGGGUUCUUUUGGCCACCACUUCAUCAGAACCCAGCUUGGGCAACUGUUUCUUCUCAGUUGCUGGUCAUCCUGCUGCAUGGGGCUGGAUGUCUGGGAGUACCGCGACGAGCUUGCGCGGUCAGACUCGAACUUGGCAGAGAUACAGUCGGACCUCCAGGAGAUCCGCAUGCGUAGCCUCGAUAUCCAAGAAACUCUGCAGAGGGAGGCGACUGGUCACUUUCCAAGCGCCUCGGCUCACCGCAUCGCUCUCGAGGCCAGCGCGGAAAAGAAUGCUGAAGACAGGCUGCUGCAGGCGAUGAGGCUUGUGGACAAAGAUCGCCACAUCGCCCAAGGAGGAAGAG